AUGUUGGAUCUUGUCAAAGCUUGUGAAGCUGAAAGUGAACUCGACUUUCUCCAAGAGUCGUUUGUGCUUACUGAUGAGCAGAAGGAAGCUGUUCUUCAACAGCGCAUUAUAUUUUGGACGAACGCGAUGGCCGGAGAUAUUGAACGGGAGAAUCCGGUUGAAGUUGACCCUGAUAUGAUGGCAAACUGGACCGAGGAUCAACGUCGACUGUUCAACGAAGACUGGGCCAAUGAUGAUGGUUUAUGCGAACUCGAACAGAUGCCUGAACCGCCAGAAAACCAAAUAGGUGAAGGGAGCAAGCGAAGGCACGCCAGUGAUCACGCCCCCUCAAAACGCCAAAGACCAGAGGAGUAUUUCACUAUUAAAUCAGCCAAGCAAGUCAACGUGAGGAAAUUCAGGACGACAGGUACACAUUAAACUGUUUUUAUAUUUUUAAGCGUAACAUCGGCUACGUGUGGGAUAUAGAUUGUUAUGUGCGAGUGAGGUUUCGUUUUUAUUAGGCUCCAUUUACACUAUACCGGAUUGCUAUCGGAGUGGGUCAAAUUUUGUAGGUAUCGAAAGGCUGUGAAGAUUUUUAAUCUCAGAGCCCCAAAUAAACAUGCCAAUUCUGUCAAAUUAAUAAGCAUUUGCUACUAGCCAUUGCUCCGUAACGGCAAAAGAAGAUGUAGUGACCAGCGAAUCCGGUAUAGUGUAAACCGGGGCUUAUAAGAGUUGUGUUUAUUGCUUAUAUGUACAUCUGUAGUUGGCUGUACGAAGGAUGUCCAACAAGUUAGCUUUUUAUAAAUGGUCAUAACUCUCAAAUGAAGCCUUAGUAUUUACAGGGCUUAUGAUUAGAAUUGUAGCUAAAUGUUUCGAGUGGUACAAUCCGGUAAAUAGCGAACUUAAGACCUACGACGCGGCUGGCUCAACGACGCGCUUGUGAAAAAAAAAAAUUGUUGUGCAAGACAAAAACUAUCAAUAAUUCGUGGUCUCAGGGGUAUUUUCAAAGGCUUUGUCGUGCUAAACAAAACGUUAAACUAAGCAUUAUCACGACUUUCACGCAAGGUGAACGCUUAUUGCGACCCUAAAGCAGUCUUAAAGUCGAAAUUACAGCAAACACUGCAUCGCUUUAGUCGAACUUGGCAGUUUUUAAGGUUAUUUGAAAAAUCUUCAAACAUUUAUUACAGUAAUGCAAUUGCUUAGGGCUCAUUCUUGAACUGAAAUUCAGACCGCGUCGUUGAGCUGGCGCGUCAUCGAUCUUGAGCUCUCUAUUAGUGUUGUUUGUACAACCUCCCGUUUUCUAGGUAUCCAAAUUAUUCCAUAUUACAGAGUAAUCAUGUUACAGUAAUCUAUAUAAUGAUUACUGCUAUAAAAAUAACGCAAUGGUGUAAACGCGCCACAUUUUCCUUGGCCAUUAGACCAAGGCUUGUAGUGUAAAAACACCUCGUGAAAUGUUGGGUGUUUAAGGCUACUUGUUACCAACCAUAGUCUUUCUGAUUGCUAUUACUUGGUUAGUACAAUAGUGUAUUACGGUUUUUAGGUACAGACUAUACUGUCCAGUUCAACCCGUUGGACGUGCACGGGGUGUCGAACGUCAUGUCGACGUUGAACCGCGCAUUUCAACACUUAUUUGACCGACUCACGAGUGACAUGGCACCUCACGAUCAAGUUCGCUUGAUCCUCAACUCGGAUCAGCUGGACAAAUCCAUUUCCUUGCCUUUCCUACAACGCGAUCGUCUAACCCCAGAACGUUUCCUGGCAGCUGUUGAACGUGUCGUACAAUCCAAUGAUCAAUUUACUUUGGAUGACUCUGUCAGUGUUAACGUGGUCCAUGUCGAAAUGCCUCAGGGUGCAGGUAGAAAACGACGUGAUGUUGUAAACCUCGAAAGUUUUCUCAGAAAAAAGGACUGUAUCGUUCAAAUUAAGAACAAAGAUGAUCUCUGUUGUGCCCGCGCGAUCGUAGUGGCCAAAGCAAAGCUGGACAAAGAUCCAAAGUACAAGAGUAUCGUUGAUCAUCGUCGAGGGAUGCAGUCACGCCUUGCUCAAGAACUCCACGAAUCAGCGGGCGUUCCUCUUGGUCCCU